GGAUGGUGGUGUCAAGUUUGAGACCUGCAUUUCGUUUUGUGUAGUUUUGUUUUACAUCGGCUAGCUGUUCAUCCGUGAGUCAUUCACUCGAUCGCGAAGUCAGGCUUUCGUAGUCUCGUUCUAUUUGUCCUCCUGAAAAUGCCAUACAUUUAGGCAACGUCAAAGGUAAAUACGGGAAAGCAGCAAUUUUAGCUAGCUAACCGAGCAAUGGCGUUUACUUUAUAUUCUCUUAUCCAAGCUGUUAUUUUGUGUGUAAAUGCUGUCGCUGUAUUGCACGAAGAGAGAUUUCUAAGUAAAAUUGGCUGGGGUGUCGACCAAAGUGUUGGAGGAUUUGGUGAUGAACCAGGUAUCAAAGUCCAGCUGAUGAAUCUGGUCCGUUCUGUGAGGACAGUGAUGAGAGUGCCCUUGAUCGCGGUUAAUUCAGUCUGCAUUGUGUUGUUGCUACUAUUUGGCUGAAGAGAAGACCCGACUGAAUUGUCACUUUCCAGGGCACCUGGAACAGUAUAGCUACAAAUGUUUUAUGGCUGAUCGAUGAAAGCUUCCAUAUAGCUUUUACACCAUAGAUAAUGAAAACUGCCAACUGACUGGCAUUUUCUUUGUUCCCAAUUUAUGUCAGUGUGUAUCUUAUAAAUGUUUGCGAUCUGUUCAAUAUCAAGCCCCUGUUUCUUUUAAUUGGUCUAUUUUUUUUUUUAUCAAAAGCACAUGCCUGAUUUCUCUUUACACGCAGUCUUGGAGUGAAUUCCCGUUCCUCCUGGCAGAUCGGCUCAGGUUGUUCAGAUUAGUAGGUCAAUGCUUGUGGAACUCAAUUUUCAAAUAGUGCAGAUUCGAAAAUCUGAGAACACUGGAUCACAGAACAUUCACCUUUUUGUUCUUGAGCCACUCCAAUAUAGCUUCAGUAGCCUGAAGUAGGUUCUCCUGCAGUAUUUCCUUGUAUUGUGCUCUGUGCAUUUUUCCUUUGAUUUUAACAAGAUGGCCAGUCCUUUUGGAUGUAAAGUAUCUCCACAGCAUGAUGCCGUCUCCACCAUAAUUCACUGUAGAGAUUGUUUCUUGAGGCAUACGGAGUGUAAAUAUUGGGGCACCCUGCUGCAAUUGUAGGCCUUUGCGAUCACUUGAUCACUCGUACCUCUGAUCGCUAACUCACUCUAUGCUUUUUAUUCACCACCCACAGCUUGCACUUAGCCUUCAGCUAGUGGUUAAUGGGAAACUCUGAGACAAUCAGAAAACGGGAGAAGAAACCACUGGUAAAAGUCAACAAGGGAGGUUUGGGUCAAAAACCUGUAGGUCUGACCAUAAAACCUUUAUCCCAGAUCCCAGCUGGUUCAUAAGAUUUCAAGUUGUAGUUUUUCAGUAACGGCACACUCAAAUACAGGCCAAUGUUAUGCAGAUCUGUUGAUAUGAUUGAUAGGUGCCCCAUUACUCCACUCCCAGAUCGGUGUAAACCUCCCCAAGAAGCAACAUUCAAUUUUUUUUCUUUCUUACAAUUAUUUCCCAACAUGAAGCAAAUGUCGCCAUACAUUAAUUCAUUUUGAGUUUCAGUGUUUUAAAAUUAAAAUAUCACGGUGCUUUGUGGUCUUGGUCUGUAGACUGGCACUGUCUAGAGUAUCUGCUUUUCAGCAACUUAUUAUUCCAUCGAAAGGAAAGCCAUAGUAAUAAAUGUUCUUUAUGCAUAGAAUCGUUGAGGCAUUUAUAAAAUAUGUGUUGAAAGAAAAAAAAUUCGGUGUUACAGUUUUAUCGCUGGUGUUACCAGCAGGAACUGUAACACCAGUGACAAAUCUGCGGACAGUCUGAUCUCAAGCUAAAAGGAAAAUUUAUUUUGAUUUGUUUAACAGUGUUUUUUUUUGGGUUACUAUAUGAUUAUGUAUGUGUUAGUUCAUAGUUGUGAUGUCUUCACUAUUCUAUAAUGUGGAAACUUCAAAAAAAUAAAUAAAGCAAUACCCUUGAA